UCAUGCUUUGAAAUCUAUAAAAUCAUUUUGUAAAUUAAUUACGAUAUGACACGCUCUCUACACUCUCUCGUUUGAACAAAAGAAGCCGACCAACAAAGGAAACAUAAGAGACCAAGAAGAAGAGGAAAAAGAAAAGAGAAAAAUCUUACUCCUUUUUUGAUAUCUAGGGUUUCAUUUCAUCUGAUUCAACGGAGUGAGAGGGCCGAUCGGAGGAUCUACCAAACAAGGGCAGGGACCAAUGGACCCUGCAGUUCUCGACAAGAUAAUCGAACGGCUAAUAGAAAUCCGAUUGGCCAAGCCAGGCAAGCUGGUCCAGCUCUCCGAGUCGGAGAUCAAGCAGCUCUGUGUCGCCUCUCGGGACAUCUUCAUGAAACAGCCCAACCUCCUCGAGCUCGAAGCCCCCAUUAAGAUUUGUGGUGACAUUCAUGGGCAAUACAGUGAUCUAUUAAGACUUUUUGAAUAUGGGAGUUUUCCUCCUCAAGCUAAUUAUCUAUUUCUAGGCGAUUAUGUAGAUCGUGGCAAGCAGAGUUUGGAAACAAUAUGUCUCUUGCUUGCCUAUAAAAUUAAAUAUCCAGAGAACUUUUUUCUUCUCAGAGGGAACCAUGAAUGUGCUUCUAUUAAUCGCAUUUAUGGAUUUUAUGAUGAAUGUAAGCGCCGGUUUAAUGUGAAAUUAUGGAAAGCCUUCACUGACUGUUUUAAUUGUCUUCCUGUUGCGGCUCUCAUUGAUGACAAAAUAUUGUGCAUGCAUGGUGGCCUUUCCCCUGAUCUUUCAAACUUAGAUCAGAUUAGAAACUUACCCCGUCCAACUGCUAUUCCUGAUACUGGUUUGCUAUGUGAUUUACUCUGGUCGGAUCCUGGUAAAGAUGUCAAAGAUGUCAAGGGAUGGGGAAUGAAUGACAGAGGAGUUUCAUUCACAUUUGGCGCUGAUAAGGUGACAGAGUUCCUAACCAAGCAUGAUUUAGACCUUGUUUGUCGAGCCCAUCAGGUUGUCGAAGACGGUUAUGAAUUCUUUGCUGAUAGACAACUUGUAACCAUAUUCUCAGCCCCCAAUUACUGUGGUGAGUUCGAUAAUGCUGGUGCUAUGAUGAUUGUGGAUGAAAACUUGAUGUGCUCGUUCCAAAUUCUUAAGCCAGCAGAAAAAAAAUCCAAGUUUAUGAUGUCCAACAAGAUGUGAUUGGUGCAUCUACUCCUCUCUACUUCACCAAGAGGCUAAAGUGAAGUUGCCAGUCUCAGAAUUUCCUUUCGUCUUAUAGGACCGGUGAGCCCCGUAUCAUGCUUAGUACAUCCUGUUAAUUCAACACAAAUCAAAGAGUUUCACAGUCGCAGAUUGCGAGGGAAAUUCUAUUUGGAGAGUUGCAGAACCCAUAUAUUUAAUCAUCCUCUUUUUACUUCUUUCCUAGUAGCACUAAGACAGGUUGAUGUACAUACAUAUUGUUUGGUAGCAGGUAGUUGUGAUUUUGGAUUGUAGACACCAAAAUACGCCCGUUGACUUCUAAGGACUCCUUUAUUGUGCUAGACUUUUACAGCCUUUGUUACAGCCGUGUUUGCUUUAUGAUGCCUUGUUGGUAUCAUCGGUGACUAAUGCAUAAUGGGUCGAAUUUUUCAA